ACCCUUACAUGUACCUCUUUUCUCAGGAUUUCCAAGUGUUGUGGGGUGUGUUGACGGGACAAUGGUCAAGAUAAUAGCACCAAAAGUGAACGAGGCUGAUUACAUAUGUCGCAAAGGUUAUUAUGCCAUCAAUGUGCAGAUGAUGUGUGAUGCUCGAUUUAAAAUCAGGGACGUGGUUGCUAAGUGGCCUGGUAGCGUCCAUGAUUCCAGAAUUUUCCGGGAAUCACACCUCUGCAGAGUUAUGGAGGAAGGACAGCUGCAAGGAGUGCUGUUGGGGGACUCAGGAUAUGGGUUAAAACCAUAUUUAUUAACGCCAUACUUAGCUACAGAGACAUCAGCCACACAAAAGUUUAAUGCAGCUCAUAGCAGAACCAGAGUGACAAUAGAACAGGCCUUUGGAGUCUUAAAGAAAAGAUUCAACGCCCUGCAUUCAGGCCUGAGAACCUGCCCAGAGAGGGCUUGCCGGGUGAUCACUGCAUGUGCCGUCCUCCAUAACAUCGGCCUGGAUAGGGGAGACAUAUUAAGAGAUGUCCCCGAGAUCACUGCAAUAAAUGAAGCCUGUGAAGUGCCCCUUCCAGAGGAUGUCCAGGGGUGCGUUUUACAAAAGAACUUACGACUGAGACCAAAAACUUCUGAUUGUUGGAUUAUUUUGAUAAAUUAA